UGUCAAUUGAAUCGUAUUGAAUAUUUUAUUGUUUUAGGCUAACCUAUUUUAAUGAUUUGGUGCUAUAGUAGAAGACGAUAAUUUAGUUUAUUCGGAUAAAUUAAUUUAAGAACAAAAUGAGCUUUCUAUUUGGGAGUCGAUCUAAUAAAACUUUUAAGCCAAAAAAGAAUAUCCCUGAGGGAACACAUCAAUAUGACCUGAUGCGACACGCGGCCGCCACGCUGGGCUCAGGCAACCUGCGGCUUGCCGUCAUGCUGCCAGAGGGAGAGGACCUCAAUGAGUGGGUGGCAGUCAACACGGUGGACUUCUUCAACCAGAUCAACAUGCUGUACGGCACAAUCACCGAGUUCUGCACGGAGGAGUCCUGCGCGGUGAUGUCAGCAGGGCCCAAGUACGAGUACCACUGGGCCGACGGGCACACAGUCAAGAAGCCUAUCAAGUGCUCCGCGCCUAAGUAUAUAGACUACCUCAUGACCUGGGCCCAGGACCAGCUUGACGACGAAACUCUCUUCCCCUCAAAAAUAGGCGUGCCCUUCCCUAAGAACUUCCUGUCGAUGGCGAAGACAAUCCUGAAGCGACUGUUCCGCGUCUACGCCCACAUCUACCACCAGCACUUCCCCGAGGUGGUGCAGCUCGGCGAGGAGGCGCACCUUAACACCUCCUUCAAGCAUUUCAUCUUCUUUGUGCAGGAAUUCAACCUAAUAGAGAGAAGAGAGCUGGCACCGCUGCAGGAACUCAUCGAAAAACUGACGGCUAAGGAGGCGCGAUGAGCACCGCCCCCGACCCCGCCCCNNNCCGCCCCG